AUGGCUCAAAAAGCGCGCAAAGACCGGGCCAAGUCCAACGAGACGACGCUCAAGAACCUGCACAUCGGCUCCCUCACCGUCAACGGCAUCUUCCUGCUCUCUCACUUCCUCUUCCGGUCGCGGUCGCUUCUGUUCUGGUUCAUUCUCUCGAUCCCGAGCUUCCUCUGCCAGUACACGCUCGAGAAGACGGGGCGGCCCAGCUAUGACGCGUCCACCAAGGCGCUCAAGGCCUCGGGCGAGGACCUCGCCGCCCCUGGCCUGACCGAGUACAUGUUCGACGUCGUCUGGGUCACCUGGGCGGCUGCCGUUCUCGUCACCCUUUUCGGCAACUGGGCCUGGAUCUUCUGGACCAUCGUCCCUGCUUAUGGCCUCUACAAGGGCUUUGGCCUGAUGGGUGCCGCCAAGUCGAUGGCUGGGUUGGGCGGUAUGGGCGCCGGCGCUGGCGGUGAUGCUGCUGGUGCUGGCGCGGUUCCUGCUGGUAACAGGAAGCAGAGACGUGCUGCUGCUUAG